AUGGCGCAAAAAGGCCCUGAUAUGAAAAAAGUUAUUCAAAAUGCUCGCGGAGCAGGAGUUGGCGCAGGCUUGGUGGCCGUUGCAGGAGCUGCCAUUUAUGGUGUAUCUCAAGCCAUGUUCACAGGUGAUGAAAUAGUAUGUGGGGACUUCACCGAUUUAGUUUCUUUGCAGUUGAUGCCGGUCACAGAGCUGUGAUGUUCAACCGCGUUGGCGGCCUUUCCGAUGUUGUGUACAAAGAAGGACUUCACUUCCGUAUUCCCUGGUUCCAAUAUCCUAUCGUCUACGAUAUCCGUGCUCGCCCGAAUCAGGUACUUGUAUAGAUAGGGCUUUCGUAUUAAUUUUUCGCUUAAAGCUCCGCUCACCAACGGGAAGCAAGGAUUUGCAAAUGGUCAACAUUGGACUUCGAGUUCUUGCUCGCCCCAAUCCAGAGCAGCUCGUCAAGAUCUACAGAACUUUGGGACAAAACUGGGAGGAACGAGUUCUUCCUUCCAUUUGCAACGAAGUACGUUUUUUUCAUCCUAGUUUUUUUUGAAUUGAGAAAAAUAACUAUCAAUACUAGAGUUCUCAAAACCAAACGUUCGAACGAACGUUCGACCAAACAUUUUCGAACAAAUGUUGAAACCAAACUUUUGGUUAAAGUUUGCUUUUGAACGUUCAACCAAAAUGAACGUUCAUUUUCCGUUCGUAAAAAAGUUCGUUCAAAAAAGAUACGUUCAUUUUUCAUUUUGAAAAAGUUCGUUCAGAAAACGAACGUUCAUUUUUCGUUCGUAAAAAGUUCGUUCAAAAAACGAACGUUCGUUUUUCAUUUUAAAAAAGUUCGUUCAAAAAACGAACGUUCAUUUUUGGUUCGUAAAAAGUUCGUUCAAAAAACGAACGUUCAUUUUCCAUUUCAAAAAAGUUCGUUCAAAAAACGAACGUCCGUUUUUUUAUGUGAAAAGCAAACGUUCAUUAUUAUAAGAAAAACGAUUUUCGAACUUUUUGGUUGAACGUUUGAAAAUGAUAUAUCCUAAACUAUCGAAAAAAGAAAAAGUUCAUUUUUUUCAAACGGUCAUUUUUUGAACGUUCGGUUUUGAGAACUCUAAUCAAUACCCCUGAAAUAUACGAUAUAAAUUAAAUUUGUUUUUCAGGUGCUCAAAGGUGUUGUCGCGAAGUUCAACGCCUCUCAACUGAUCACCCAGCGUCAACAGGUAUCCAAUUUUAUUUAUAAUUCAACCAAUUUUGAAUCCAGGUUUCAAUGCUCGUGCGGAAAGCCCUGAUUGAGCGAGCGCUUGACUUUAACAUCAUCCUCGACGACGUGUCGUUGACUGAGCUCGCCUUCUCUCCCCAGUAUUCGGCCGCCGUCGAAGCCAAGCAGGUUGCAGCACAAGAAGCUCAGCGUGCUUCCUUCUUGGUCGAACGAGCCAAGCAGCAGAAACAAGAAAAGAUUGUACAAGCGGAAGGAGAAGCUGAAUCCGCCAAACUGGUAAUUUUUUUGCGAUCUCUAAAUUAAAAAUUUCGACAGUGAAAAAUUUGAAAAAAAAAUCGUCGUGAUCUUGGCAGACCCAGGUAGUGUUUAUGGGUUUGUUGUAAAGGCCGACGUAAAAAAUAUGUGAAAUUACUGAACCAGGAAUAGAAGGUUGUCUUCCUGAUCUCGUUAAUUUUCAAACAUGAAUUUCCUUCUAUAAUACUUUUUUCGAUCGCAGAAGAAAGUUAUAUGAUUCGUUUUAUAGCUCGGAGAAGCCAUGCGUUCGGACCCUGGAUUCUUGAAACUGCGUAAGAUUCGAGCCGCGCAAAAGAUUGCCAAAACGAUUUCCGACGCUCCUGGUAACAAGGUCAGUUAUUUCAAAAUUUUUGAACUUUUGGAAAGGUUCAUUAUAUCUUGAGUUUCCAGACAAAAAACUAUUAUUUUCAGGUUUAUUUGCCCGCGGGUGGUUUGAUGCUCAACAUCGCUGACAACGAUUAUUUGAAUUUGAGCGAAAAGAAACGUUAA